AGUUACGCCGUUAAUCCACAUUGAUUGUUCAGUCUAUAUUUGAUAGGAAAGAUUGUUGUAAUUUUGAAAUUCUGUUAGCGUAUUAACCGAGAAAAGUACACAAAGAGUGAAGACUGAAAGUAUCGUACUCCUAAAAAGAUUUAUCUGUCAAUUACAACAGAUGACUGAGAAGUUUUGAAACAGCAAAAUGGCAACUGAUGAUCAGACUCUAGAGGAGGUCGAUGUUCAUAUUCAGGAGAACCUAGAAGAUGACAUAAUAAAGGAAGCUCUUAAAUCUGGUAUGGACCUUCGGCAGUACUCCCGCCAAGUGGAAAAGGAACUGAAAGAAGUAGAAAAUGCUUCAAUUCAAGAUUAUAUACAAGAAAGUCAGAACAUUGCCAGUCUUCACAAUCAGAUUGCAGCCUGUGACGGAAUACUUGAGAGAAUGGAACAGAUGUUAAGAACAUUCCAAGAAGACCUAGGUAGUAUUAGUCAUGAGAUUCUAACACUACAAGAACAGUCAGUGUCCAUGAACAUACGGCUCAAAAAUCGACAGGCAAUUCGAGGUGAACUAAGUCAGUUUGUGGAUGAUAUGGUGGUUCCUGAUGUUUUGAUAAAUCACAUUUUAGAGACACCUGUAGUUGAAAAGGACUUUCUUGAACAAAUUUAUGUGUUGGACCAUAAAAUAUCUUUUGUGAAAGAACAAGCCUUCAAAGAAGUUCACUCUUGCCAAGAUGUAAGAGACAUACUUGAUAAAUUGAAGUUCAAGGCAUUAUCCAAAAUUCGAGAGUACCUGUUACAAAGGAUCUACUCCUUCCGUAAACCAAUGACAAACUACCAGGUAACACAAGAUACAAUGCUAAAGUUCAAGUUUUUCUACCAGUUUUUGAUGACUCAUGAGAGAGAGGUUGCACGGGAGAUUCGAGAUGAGUACGUUGACACCAUGUCCAAGAUAUACUUUUCAUAUUUUAAGAGUUACACCACUAGACUAAUGAAAUUACAGUUUGAAGAAACCGCUGACAAGGAUGACUUAAUGGGAGUAGAAGAUACAGCAAGGAAGAGUAUCUUCUCCACCAAACCUUCGUUAAAGAACAAGGCCACUAUUUUUACUCUUGGUGAUCGUGGAAAUGUACUGACCACUGAUCUUGAAAGUCCAAUUUUGGUACCCCAUACGGCCCAAAAAAAUGAAACUAAAUACACAUUUGAGAGUCUCUUUCGUAGCCAGCAGUAUGCUUUAGUGGACAAUGCAUGCAGAGAAUAUCUAUUUCUAACAGAGUUCUUCAUGGUCAGUGGGACAGGGGCACAGGAUCUAUUUCAUGCGGUGAUAGGUAAAACUUUGACCAUGUUUAUGAAACACGUUGAUGUUUACAUACAAGAUUGUUAUGACUCCAUUGCUGUAUUCUUAUGUAUCCACAUUAUUCAUCGUUUCCAACUGCUGAUGCAUAAAAGGGCUGUACCUGCAUUGGAUAAGUACUGGGAGGCUUUACUGCAGCUCUUUUGGCCAAGGUUUGAGUACAUCUUGCAGUUAAAUAUACAGAGUGUUCGGGACUGUGACCCACAGAAAUUUGGGUCCUUCGACUUGCGGCCUCAUUAUAUAACAAGAAGAUAUGCUGAAUUUUCUGCUGCACUAGUUGGAAUAAACGAAAAUUUCCCCAGUGAACAAGUCACUCGUCUACUGGCAGCAUUACAAGGAGAAGUGGAAAACUUUAUCCUCAGAAUGGCAGCAGAGUUUCCUGGUCGCAAAGAACAGCUAGUUUUUCUCAUAAACAACUAUGACAUGAUGCUUAGCGUGCUCUUGGAGCGAACUCGUGAAGACUCUAAAGAGUCUGAAAGUUUCAAGGAACUACUGAAUGCACGAACACAUGAGUAUGUGGAAGAAAUUCUGUCUCCCCACUUUGGAGGGCUCAUAAGUUUUGUAAAGAUGUGUGAGAACUACUUAGAGAGAGGCCAGUCUGAACAUUUAAAGAAAGAAGAAAAAAAAGUACCUCAACUUGUACGUUCUUUCAACUCGGGCUGGAAAGGUUCUCUGGAUGACAUCAACAAAGACAUCAUGAAAUCCUUCACAAACUUCAAAAAUGGAACCAACAUCUUACAGGUGGCAUUAACACAACUGAUCCAGUAUUACCAUCGUUUUCAUAAAGUUCUAUCCCAGAAUCCUUUCAAGAACCUUCCCAUUCGGAGUGAACUCAUUAAUAUUCAUCACUUAAUGGUAGAGGUGAAGAAGUACAAAGCUAAUUUUUAAACCUCUAAAAGUUAUUGUAAUAUACAAGAGGAUGUAGAAAUUGUGUUCCAGUUUGAAAAUAAAGUCAUUCCACAAUACAAA